GUCGGCACUCUGAGGUUCUGUGGCUCCACCCAGUUUGCCACCGGGCAAUGGGCUGGCAUUGAAAUUGACGAAUCCGAAGGAAAGAAUGAUGGAAGUGUGGGCGGAGUCCAGUAUUUUCAGUGCCCGCCCAAACACGGUAUUUUUGCUCCGCUCUCUAAGAUCAGACGGGCGAACGAGACGAUGAGGACUUUUAUCAGAAGUUCAUCUGUAAAAACGCCGGCGUCCUGCAAAUCUCCCACGAAGAUCGACCUGAGCCGCGUGACGUCUAAAAUUAACACGGGUUUGGCGAUCUCCAGGAAAGGCGCGCCGCCUCCCUCUCCUCGGGGGGUUGAGGAUUCCUCUAAAUCUACGAAGAAAGGAGCUCAGAGCGCAGCGCCCCCCGCAGGCAGCCCAGAGCAGCCGGAGUUCCAGCCCGGGGACCGCGUCCUUGUGGUCGGCCAGAGAAUCGGCACCGUGCGCUUUUACGGGAAAACCAGCUUUGCUCCAGGACAUUGGUGUGGGAUUGAAUUGGAUAAACCGCACGGGAAGAACGAUGGGUCAAUCUCGGGGGUUCAGUAUUUUACUUGUCCCCCCAAACAUGGAGUGUUUGCCCCGCCAUCGCGCGUACAAAGGCUCUCGGGAUCGGUGGAGUCUCUAUCCGAGAUCCCAGCCAGCAACCUGAAUCAUUCCUUCCCAGGAUUUAAAAGAAGUCUGAGCUCCACCUCCAACUCCGCCUCCCAGAAAGAUGUCAGCCGGAGACACUCGUUUGGCAGACCCCGGAAGCCGGCCCUCCGCCGUAGUUGGAGCAGCACCAGCUCCACCAGCACGAGUGACGGAGGGGUGAAGCUGCACAAAGGCUCCCAGGUUCUCCUGAGCAGCUCUAAUGAAAUGGCCGUCAUCCGCUACAUCGGCCCCACGGACUUCGCCCCCGGCGUCUGGCUGGGCCUGGAACUGCGCUCCGCCAAAGGCAAAAACGACGGGUCGAUCGGAGAGCAGCGCUACUUCCACUGCAAACCCAACCAUGGCGUCCUCGUCCGACCCGGGAGAGUCACUUAUAGAGGGAUCAACGGAUCCAAGCUGGUGGAUGAUGUCUGCUGACCCAAGUCCUGGUGGAUCGCCAAUCCGGAGAUUACCGACUCACGCCAGCGCUGAUCGUUUUUGUUACUUGUCAAGUCGUUUCUUCUUCUUCCUCCGGUUUUUCUUUCACGUUUCUCAGAUGUGUUUCUAUCGCCGAGAUUGUAUCGUUUUUAAUUAUUUUGUUGUUUUAAUGCCAAACUUUCUAUCCGGGCUUUCCAAUGCCGGUGUUCCGUCAGAUUUGGCGACCCGUCAUAAUUGGUAUCGGAAGUGACGUUCCGUCGCCGCCAUCCCGCUACACCCCCCGCACUCCUUCACCAAGAAGGGGGCAAGCGGACAUCUUGUUACACCCACCGGGGGUUUGCAUUUCACGGUUAUUUUUAACACAAAAGGUGAAAUACAAAUACAGGAAAACCUCGGACUGCGAGGAUAAUCCGUUCCAGAAACAUGCUUGUAAUCCAAAGCGCUUGUAUAUCAAAGCAAUGUUUUUACAGGGU